AUGACAGAAUACGAUGCUGAGUCCUCGUCUAAGAUACCUCGAUCAGAUGGCAUAACGUUGAAAGGACUUUUCUUCAUGGUUUUACUAGCACUACAGUUUGGUUGUCAACCCCAUCUACAGGCACACUUCAUUGACAAUUCGCUCAACGCUACUACUGUGGUUUUGCUGGUAGAAAUAUUCAAACUUAUGUUUGCAGUUCUGUUCAUGAUGCUCGAAGGAUCGAUCAUUGAGUGUAUCAAGAGCUGGCGGCCACUCUCGAGCUUAGCUGUUGCGGCCCUGCCUGCGGCUACAUAUGCUGCACAGAAUGUAUGCAUACAAACGGCCUAUCGUAAUCUCGACCCACUAGUGUUCAACUUGGUUAACCAAACUAAGUUGUUAUGGACUGCGGUUCUCACGUACUUCUUACUUGGCAGAGGGCAGAGUUCUGUGCAGGUUUUGGCCUUAUCAAUGUUAUUCAUGUCUGCUGUGUUGAUAUCUAUUGGUGAGCAAACUGGAUUGAAUGAUGAAUACGAUGAGAAGAACCUCACGUUAGGAAUGUUAGCUGUAAUAUUGUCACCCAUAUUUGAGUAG